CGAGAGCGUGUGCGGGCGUGAUUUUCCCUGUCUCGCGGCCUCGCUGCUCUGCUGCCCUUUUUAUCUCUUGCCUUGCGCCGUGGGAAAGAAAGGCAGAAACAACCAGUCCAGCUCUAAGCUCUAGACGGCUGAUUGUCGAUCGCCAGUCGCAAUGAUGCGCGGGCGUACGUGUGCGUGCGUGCGUGCGUGCGCCGUGGCGUGGCGUGGCGUUUGCGCGGCGCCCGUUGGCUUGGAUCUGCUCGUCUGGGGACGGCCCGUGCCUCGUUGCUUGCGCCUGUUUGCCUCGCUCUUUCUUCCUCACUCUCGCGCGCGCUUGCUGCGCUGGUAUAUGCAGACGGGAGAGGGCGCGACGAGGGUUGCGCGUCGUGCGUGCGUGUGUGCGAUAAGACGGGCGAUCAGGGGAGGGUGGGAAAGGAAGGGCGACGAGGGAGCUGUCCUUCGCUGCUGCUCCACUCAAGAAGAGAAGAAAGAAAGAGGACAGGACAAAGGGAGAGUCGACGAACACACGGGGUUCGUGUGUGUCUUUAAUAGGGGGAAUGGGGUGAGACAGAGGGCGUGGGCGUUGCGCGAAUCUCCUCUCGCCUUCGCUCGUCGCUGUCAAGAGCGCAGGCGGACUCGUCGAGGUUGUUCGGUCGCCGUCGACAGGGAAGGAAAUCGAUCGGUUCAACGAGGGAAAGAGGAAGGGGGAGAUAGUAGUAGCUAGUAGCAGGGAUCGCACCCUAUCGCGCUAAAGAUGACCAGCAGGGCUCUCCUCGG